UGCUUUACUAACAAAGCUCUAUUUAUUUUUUUUUAAAUGGUCACAUAAAGUUCCUAUCUUGUAGGCUGGUCAAGGUCUUCAUGUUAUGAUUUUCUAUUUUGUACAUAACGUUGUUUUGUAUAUACUGUAUAUGAUGACUUCAGUGGGCAGUGAACGUUCCCGGGGCACUCGGGACAAAACUCAGAUUUCAACCACACAGAUGACACAGCCGCAGAAACAAAUAGUACAGGCAACAGCUGAACAGAUUCGCCUCGCUCAAAUGAUCUAUGAUAAGAAUGAUGCAGACUUUGAAGAUAAAGUUAAACAGCUUAUGGAAGUAACAGGGAAAAAUCAGGAUGAGUCCAUAGUGGCCCUGCAUGAUUGCAAUGGUGAUGUGAACAGAGCCAUCAACAUAUUGCUGGAAGGGAAUUCAGACACGACUUCAUGGGAGACUGUAGGUGGUAAAAAGAAGAGUAUUGGAAAAGAGAGCUCAGAAAACAAAGAGAAUAGAGAAAAGAAAAAUGAUAAAGAGACAAGUCGUGUACGUGGAAGCAACAACCGGCGGGGAAGAGGUGGCAGUCGUGGCAGAGAUUUUAGAGGUGAAGAGAAUGGAAUUGACUGCAAUCCAGGGGACAGGCCUUCAGAACGUGGCAAGCGUGGCCGCGUUAGAGGAUUUGGACGAGGGAGAGGGAGAGGGGCAGGGCGUUUCUCAUCCCAAGGUAUGGGGACAUUUAACCCUGCAGACUACACAGAUUCUUCAGCCACUGAUGGCUUUGGGACAAAACCAGAAGUUUGGGAAGCCGGCCAGAAUGAUACAGAUGAUGGACCUGCAGGGGCAUGGAAGAGCUCUAUGGAAGAGUGGACAACAGAAGACUGGAAUGAAGAUCUUUCUGAAACGAAGGUAUUCACCGCUUCUUCUGUUCCAGCUGAAAAUCAUGUAACACCUGGACAAAGCAUUGACUUGGUAGCCUUGCUCCAGAAGCCUUCUACUUCUACCCAAGUCCCAGAGGUCAACUCAUUUGAACCUCCUCAACAGCAAGGCUUUGGUCAAGCCCUGGUCUUCACAAAUUCUCAACACAAUACUCAGAUGGCAUCAGGAACUAGCAACUCGAGUACUGUCAACUCUUAUUCUCCCCAGAGCCUGUCUUCAGUUCUUGGUUCUGGGUUUGGAGAGCUUGGGUCCUCAAAGAUGGCAAACCCUACUGGUUCCCAGAUCUUGGACCAAUUGAAAUCUCCAAGUUUGGGUCAGUUCAGCACGCAGAGUUCACAACAAAACAGCACUAGUCCUCCUACAACCACUUCAACUUGGGAUCUUAAACCCCCAGUUCCCCCGUCCUCUAUAAUGAAUCAGUUUGACUUCAAAUCUCAGCCUGAGCCAUCCCCAGUUCUGAGCCAGUUGAGCCAGCGACAGCAACACCAGACCCAGCCCAUCCCCGUUCCUCCCCCUGGGAUGGAGAACUUCUCCUCUCAGGUAAAACUCCGAGAAAACUCUAGAGACAAUGCCACAGCUGUGAACAAAAUGCUGCAGCUCCCCAGCAUGUCUACAGAAAACCAAACGGUGUCUGCCCAGCAAACUCAGCCGAAACAGAUCAAACCCCCAAAACGGAGAGUACCGCCAUCUUCUAAGAUCCCUGCAUCUGCAGUGGAAAUGCCAGGAUCAGCAGAUGUUACAGGGUUAAAUGUUCAGUUUGGAGCUCUGGAAUUUGGAUCAGAACCUUCUCUCCCUGAAUUUGGAUCAGCAUUGAGCAAUGAAAAUAGCAAUCAGGCCCAAAUCAGCUUGUAUCCAAAACCUGUAAGUGAUCCUUUGAAUACCUCUUUGCCAAUAUCCAAUACAGUACAGGAGUCGACCUAUACAACCUCCGUCAUCACCUCUUCCAGUUUGACCAACUCAUCUCAGAGCACUAGUCCCGUAACAACAUCUUCCUCCUACGACCAGAAUUCUGUGCAUAGCAGGAUAGCAUACCAAAGCUCCAUGGCUCCAUCUGAGACGACUUCUAUUGCUGUCACAAAUGGACAUGGUGGUGUUCGAACUCAGCAAACUCUAGACACUACUUCAUCUGUUACAGCACCGAAGACAACAGAAACCUCUCCCUCUCUCUCGACUCUGGGCUCUCUGCCAAGCACAGCUUCCGGUACUACGCUUCUGCCUUCAGCAACCCCACACACGGCCACGUUGCCUUCCUUGCCCCAAUCCAGCGAUUUGUCCAGUGGCUCCCUCGCUCAGCUAAGCAGUUCACUGUCCAGUCAUCAGAACAGCCUUUCUUCUGCAUCAUCAGCACUGUCAUCAAGUACUUCACACACACAUGCCGGGGCUGAGAACACAGCCUCGCUUCCACCCUCCACCACUUUCUCGGCUGCUUCUGCCUCCGCCACCAGCACCAGCUCUUCAGCUGUCAGCAUGGCCAACAGCAUGAACACUACAAACAGCCUUGGUCUGAGUGUCACCAGUGUCUCUAUGCCGAGUGCAACCACCAGGGCAGCACCCUUAGUUUCUUCAGGCAAAGCUCCCCCCAACCUACCCCAAGGUGUCCCACCCCUUCUACAUAACCAGUACAUUGUGGGUCCCGGAGGACUCCUGCCUGCCUACCCAAUUUAUGGUUAUGAUGAUCUCCAGAUGCUCCAAUCCAGGCUACCAAUGGAUUAUUACGGAAUUACAUUCCCGGCUCCUGCGACCCUCACCGGCAGAGAUGGGAGCCUUGCUAAUAACCCAUACUCAGGUGAUGUAACUAAGUUUGGCCGUGGAGAUUCCUCGUCCCCUGCUCCCACCACCACUCUGGCUCAGCCACAGCAGAACCAAUCUCAGACCCACCACACAGCUCAACAGCCCUUUCUCAACCCCACGUUGCCUCCUGGCUAUAGCUACACUGGCCUCCCCUACUACGCCGGUGUACCCAGCGCUUUCCAGUAUGGGCCAACCAUGUUUGUCCCUCCUGCUUCGGCUAAACAGCAUGGAGUGAACCUGAACACCGCCACUGCACCCUUUCAGCAGGCCAGUGGUUAUGGCCAGCACAGCUAUGGAGCAGGUUAUGAUGACUUGACCCAGGGAACAGCGGCUGGAGAUUACAGCAAAGGAGCCUAUAGUGGUUCAUCACCAGCACAAAACAAGUCUGCUGGUUCUGGACCUGGAAAAGGGGUGUCAGUGACCUCAAGUAAUACAGGUGUGCCUGACAUAGCUGGUUCCGUGUACAACAAGACUCAGACAUUUGAACAGGGAUUCCACGCGGGCACCCCACCACCAUUCAGCCUGCCCUCAGCCCUGGGCUCCACAGGCCCACUGACCCCUGGUGCCGCCCCGGGUUAUGCCCCGGCCCCGUUCCUGCAUAUCCUGCCUGCCCACCAGCAGCCCCAUUCCCAGAUGCUACAUCACCACCUCCAGCAGGAUGGGCAGGGUGGCGCUGGCCAGCGUAGCCAACCCAGUACCCUGCAGCCAAAGUCUCAGGCCACCAAACCCACCUAUGGCAGUUCUCCAUACUGGACAAACUGAGCCC